AUGGCUCGAUCGAAAUGCUUUUUUGAUAUCAAUGUUGAAGAUAAACCAUUAGGUCGAAUUCUAUUCCUCCUGUACAAUGAUGUUGUGCCAAAGACAGCGGAAAAUUUUCGUGCUCUUUGCACUGGUGAACGAGGUUAUGGAUACAAAGAUUCAACAUUUCACCGAGUGAUUCCUCAGUUUAUGUUACAAGGUGGUGAUUUCGAACGACACAACGGAACUGGUGGAUAUAGCAUUUAUGGUGGUAAAUUUGAAGAUGAAAAUUUUCAACUCAAACAUGCAAAGGAAGGCUUACUUUCAAUGGCUAAUGCAGGCAAAAACACAAACGGCUCACAAUUCUUUGUUACAACUGUUCAAACGCCCUGGCUUGAUGGCAAGCAUGUUGUCUUCGGUGAAGUGACUGAUGGCAUGGACAUUGUUCGUAAGAUCGAAGCGUUGGGCUCACAAUCAGGCAAAACGCAAAAACGUAUCACUAUUGCUGCGUGUGACAAAGAACGACCGCCACGGCGGUCGUUUCUUUUUCUUCAUCGCGUUUCUAUUUUCUACUUUUUUCACUCGGCUUCAUCACAAACGCACACAUCUAACCAACUUAGAUAA